AUGAUAAGGUUUUCUUAUAUAUUGGUUUUCUUAUUUAUUGAGUCACUUUCUUUUUUUUUAAAUGAUAGUAAACAAUUUUAUGUUAAAGUAGUAAAUUGUAACAUUCAUAUAAUUGAUAGUGCGAGUAGUAGUAAAAAUGCAAAAGAAUAUAUAUAUUUAGGAAAAAAUUACAAAGAUGAAGAAGAGCAAAAAAAAGAAAAUUAUAAAGAAUUGAGUUAUUUUCUUUCAUUGAAUGAUAUUCCUAACGGAGAAAAAGAACUUAUUGACAAACAUAAUUCUUUAAGAGAAAUUUAUAAUAAACAAUUUUUGCAAAUUGGUGAUUUUUUUAAUUCUCAUUGCAACAAAAAAUAUUAUUCCACAAAAAUUACUCAGUUAGAAUACUUAUGCAAAAAAAAUGAUAUAUUUACGAAAGCAAAAAUAAAUGAAAAUUACCAAAUAGAAAAAAAGAAUGCAGAAGAACUUCUUAACAAUUAUGGUUAUUUUUUGUUUUCUGAUCUAGAUAAAAAAAAUGCAAAUAAUGAAAUAGGUUCAAUCUUUUCUUCAAAGAAUAAUAUUAGUGAUAUUUGCUCAAAUAAUGAAAUUCCUUUUUUACAUAUAUCUGCUGUAUGUGAAACUAAGAAAAACAUAAAUGAUUAUGAUAACGAUCAAAUACAUAUUAAAAGCUUUUUGAACAAAAAUGAAAAUAUUUCGUUAGCAUGCAGCAAAUAUAGUAUAAAUAUAUUAUCAGCUUAUUAUGUAAGUGAAGAUAAAUAUUAUAAAGAUAAUAUUCUUAAUAGAACAAAUCAGAUAAAAGAAUGUUGCAACGGAUUUAACGAAUGCAACGUAUCAUCAUCUUUUUUUUUAAAUAUGAUUAAACAGAAAAAAGAGGGAAAAACAGAUAUAGGAAAUAAUCCACUUUUAUUAGUAGAAUAUAAAUGCGACUCUAAAAAUUUAAAAGAAAAUAGUGCAGAUAUAAAUUACUUUCCCACUUUGAGCGGGAAUAAAUGUUUCUUUGAGGAAAAUAAACCAAAGAGUAUGAAGAAUAGAAAAAAUACAAAUAAUUAUGCAAAAAACUUUCAAAAUACAAAGAAUUUAUCUCAUUACUAUAUAUUAUUUGGUAAAAAAAGUUUCUAUCCCUUAUUUUUAAAAUUAAAAGAGAAGAUGAAAAUUCCCCAUAUAUCAAAGAAUAAUAAAGAAAGUUCAAAUGUGAUAAAGAGAAGAAAAUAUAUUUUUAAUGAUUAUAAAAAAGGAAAGAAAAUGUUAAAUAAUUUGUUAUUACAUAAUAAGAAAAAUAUAUUUUUAAAAAAUGCAUUUAAUAGCCAUACACAAACUCAUAAUAAUAAAUCAUUUUUUAAUAAUCACCUUAAAAUAAAUAAAAAAAAUGAUUUAAAAAUAUAUAAAAUGAAGAAUAACAUGUCUUACAAAUCUUCUAAAAAUACUAUGUUUUUAGAAACAUAUAAGGCAGAUAUAAGUAUCCCAGAAGAAAAUCUUAAGAAAGAUGGGGAACAUUUUCAUUUACCUUUCAAAAUCCCUUUUUCUUUUGAACGUCUUAAUGGUAAACUUAAGUUAUUAGAAGAAGAUAUAGAAUGGAUGACAAUUCCUUAUGUCCCUAUUUCUUGUAGAGAAACAUCAUGCCCUAAUGCUUAUCAAAUGUGUGUUCCCAUGUUUAUUGAUGAAAAAAGAUUUUUCAAUGGGAAAAAAUUUGAUGAAAUAGUUAGAGAAAUCUUAGGUAAUCAUAUGAGAAAAGAAGUUUCAUUCCCAAAACGUGAGGAAUUCGUAUAUAGUAUUUAUUAUGCAUGUGUAUGUAAGAAGUCAGGCUCAGAUAAUUUCUGUGAUGAAUCAGUUGAAUAA